CUGGUACUCAUCUUUUCAUAUUUGGUUUAUCCAUGUUUUGGGUUCAUCAGGGUUGAGCUAAUACUUUAAUCUUGUGGAUGUUUCACCUCUCAAUUUUUCCUUGGUUUUCGAGUCUUUGCUUGUUGAGUCUUAUUUGUUCGCUUGAUUCUCUGCUUGGUUUUUUCCCUUUUUGGCCCUUUGUGUCUUGGUGUGCCAUACAUGUUAUGCAUCAUACCUUGCUCACAUGUUUCAUGUAUCGUGCCUCCUCACAUGUUCAUGCAUCAGCUUAUUUACUUGCAUGUGGAUGUACUUACCUAUUCACUCGGCAAUGGAGUACCCAAUGAGUUUCUUCCUUCUUAUGCACACACACACAUAUAUAUAUAUAUAUAUAUAUAUAUAUCUUGUUGGAUGCUCUAUGAACUAACCUUUUGCACUUGGCAUUGGAAUACUAGGUGAGUUUCUUUUUGUGCAAGUAGGAUUGUUUAUGGGUGCUAUAUCUAUUGGAUGCUUUAUCUACUUGCCUUGGGAUAUUAUUGUUUCUUUAUUUGCCUUGUGGAUGGUUAUUAAAUUGGCAUGCCCCUACACACACUCACACUUUCAUGAUGCAUUAGGUUUGCAUCUGAGGUGAACCUGACCUCAAGUCUGGAGCCCAAUGAAUCUUGCGCGUUAGCCCAAAGCUUUCCGUAUUGAGGAGUUGGAUCCGCUCCCGUUAGGUUGUUUUCAGGUGUUAAUACAUCACUCUACAGUCAUGGUACUGUUGUGCAUAUUAGCAUUUGAAAAUGUCUCCCAUUGAUUCCUCAUGGAUAGAUGGUUGAGAAAACCUAAUGCCUUCAAGGAAAUCAUGCAGUGAACUUAGAGAGAAACUACCCAUAGGACAUGUUUCCCUAGAAAACCCACCUGUAAGGUUAGGAUUCUUGUGUCUAGGACACAAGGGGGCAUUUUGCUUCGCUAACCUUGUUUCUGCAUUUGGCAGGUUUUAUUUUCAAAAUUAGUCAUGAAGGUAAUAUCUAUUGUGGAUUCUUGUCAUUUGAGCAUCAUUUACCACAAAUUUGCAUGUCAAAUAAGGCUUUCAUGAAUGUAGUUGUUCAUUUCCUAUUUUCAUUGAGUUUGUUAUUUUUAUUUUAUUUCCACCAAAUAAGUCCUUUAAAUUUAUUAUCAUUAAAUUUGAGUUCUUUAGUUUUCGUUUUCAUCAAAUUGGUCCUUUAAUGAGCCGUCUUUUCUCUUGCAUCUCCAUCAAAUUUGUUCUUUUCAUGAUAUAAACCAUCUCAUUUUUAUUCAGUUGGUUCAUUAGACUUUCUUUGCACCAAAUUAGUCCCAUGACUUUUGCUCUCAUCAAAUUAGUCCUUUAGUUUUUGUUUUCAUACAAACAACUAAUAAAUAAAAUAAAAAAAGUUAUGUAAU